GGGACUGUCACUCAUUCUCCGAUCAGCGCGUGAACGCAGCUCGGCAGCCGCUGGCAGGAAACAAUUCUGCAAAAAUAAUCAUACUCAGCCUGGCAAUUGUCUGCCCCUAGGUCUGUUGCUCUGCCGCCGUCCACACUCUGCAAGGGGGGGUGCAUAGAAUUUACCGCGGCAAGAACAUCCCUCCCAGCCAGCAGAUUACAAUGCUGCAAACUAAGGAUCUCAUCUGGACUUUGUUUUUCCUGGGAACUGCAGUUUCUCUGCAGGUGGAUAUCGUCCCCAGCCAAGGAGAAAUCAGCGUUGGAGAAUCCAAAUUCUUCUUAUGCCAAGUGGCAGGAGAUGCCAAAGACAAAGACAUCUCCUGGUUCUCCCCCAACGGAGAGAAGCUCACCCCGAACCAGCAGCGGAUCUCCGUGGUGUGGAACGACGACUCCUCCUCCACGCUCACCAUCUACAACGCCAACAUUGACGACGCCGGCAUUUACAAGUGUGUGGUCACUGGCGAGGAUGGCAGCGAGUCAGAGGCCACGGUCAACGUGAAGAUCUUCCAGAAGCUCAUGUUCAAGAAUGCACCAACCCCACAAGAGUUCAGGGAGGGGGAAGAUGCAGUGAUCGUGUGUGAUGUGGUCAGCUCCCUCCCUCCGACCAUCAUCUGGAAACACAAAGGCCGAGAUGUCGUCCUGACGAAAGAUGUCCGAUUCAUAGUCCUGUCCAACAACUACCUGCAGAUCCGGGACAUCAAGAAAACAGAUGAGGGCACUUAUCGCUGCGAGGGCAGGAUCCUGGCACGGGGGGAGAUCAACUUCAAGGACAUUCAGGUCAUUGUGAACGUGCCGCCCACCGUCCAGGCCAGGCAGAGCAUCGUGAAUGCCACCGCCAACCUCAGCCAGUCCGUUACCCUGGUGUGCGACGCCAAAGGCUUCCCAGAACCCACCAUGAGCUGGACAAAGGACGGGGAACAGAUAGAGAACGAGGAAGACGAGAAGUACAUCUUCAGCGAUGACAGUUCCGAGCUGACCAUCAGGAAGGUGGACAAGAGUGACGAGGCGGAGUACGUGUGCAUCGCGGAGAAUAAGGCCGGAGAGCAGGAUGCGUCCAUCCACCUCAAAGUCUUUGCAAAACCCAAAAUCACCUACGUAGAGAACCAGACCGCGAUGGAGCUAGAGGAACAAGUCACUCUGACCUGCGAAGCCUCGGGAGACCCCAUUCCCACCAUUACCUGGAGGACCUCUACCCGGAACAUCAGCAGCGAAGAAAAGGCUUCGUGGACUCGACCAGAGAAGCAAGAGACUCUGGACGGGCACUUGGUGGUGCACAGCCACGCCCGCGUGUCGUCCCUCACCCUGAAGAGCAUCCAGUACACGGACGCGGGAGAGUACGUCUGCACGGCCAGCAACACCAUCGGCCAGGACUCCCAGUCCAUGUACCUGGAAGUGCAGUAUGCUCCCAAGCUGCAGGGCCCCGUGGCCGUGUACACGUGGGAGGGGAACCAGGUGAACAUCACAUGCGAGGUAUUUGCCUACCCCAGUGCCACCAUCUCGUGGUUUCGAGAUGGUCAGCUGCUACCGAGCUCCAACUACAGCAAUAUCAAGAUCUACAAUACCCCUUCCGCCAGCUAUCUGGAGGUGACCCCAGAUUCCGAAAACGAUUUCGGAAAUUACAACUGUACUGCAGUGAACCGCAUUGGGCAGGAGUCUUUGGAGUUCAUCCUUGUCCAAGCAGACACCCCAUCUUCGCCGUCCAUCGACCAGGUGGAGCCAUACUCUAGCACAGCACAGGUGCAGUUUGAUGAGCCCGAGGCCACUGGUGGGGUGCCCAUCCUCAAAUACAAGGCGGAGUGGAGAGCCGUGGGCGAGGAAGUGUGGCAUUUCAAGUGGUAUGAUGCCAAAGAAGCUAACAUGGAAGGCAUCGUCACCAUCGUGGGCUUGAAGCCUGAGACCACGUAUGCCGUGCGGCUGGCGGCCCUCAACGGCAAGGGUCUGGGUGAGAUCAGCACAGCCUCCGAGUUCAAGACGCAGCCAGUCCACGGCCCUCUUCCACUGGCUCCCGCUAGCUCUUCCACCCCUGUUCCAUUGUCUCCUCCAGAUAAAGGUGAACCCAGCGCACCUAAGCUCGAAGGGCAGAUGGGAGAGGACGGAAACUCCAUUAAGGUGAACCUGAUCAAGCAGGAUGACGGUGGCUCCCCCAUCAGGCACUACCUGGUCAAGUACCGAGCGAAGCUCUCCUCCGAGUGGAAACCAGAGAUCCGGCUCCCGUCUGGCAGUGACCACGUCAUGCUCAAGUCCCUGGAAUGGAAUGCGGAGUAUGAGGUCUACGUGGUGGCUGAGAACCAGCAGGGGAAGUCCAAGGCGGCUCACUUUGUGUUCAGGACCUCGGCCCAGCCCACGGCCAUCCCAGCCAACGGCAGCCCCACAUCAGGCCUGAGCACUGGGGCCAUCGUGGGCAUCCUCAUUGUCAUCUUCGUCCUGCUCCUGGUGGCGGUGGACGUCACCUGCUACUUCCUGAACAAGUGCGGCCUGCUCAUGUGCAUCGCUGUCAACCUGUGCGGAAAGGCGGGGCCCGGAGCCAAGGGCAAGGACAUGGAGGAGGGCAAAGCCGCCUUCUCGAAAGAUGAGUCCAAGGAGCCCAUCGUGGAGGUGCGGACCGAGGAGGAGCGGACCCCAAACCAUGACGGAGGGAAACACACGGAGCCCAACGAGACCACACCGCUGACAGAGCCCGAGCUGCCUGCCGACACCACAGCCACUGUCGAGGACAUGCUGCCUUCUGUCACCACCGUCACCGCUAACUCUGACACUAUCACCGAAACCUUUGCCACUGCUCAGAACAGCCCCACCAGUGAGACCACCACCCUGACCUCCAGUAUUGCCCCCCCGGCCACAGCCACACCUGACUCAAACUCUGUGCCCACCGGCCAGGCCACCCCUUCCAAGGGGCCCGGCGUCGCCACCUCCUCCCCACCCCCCGCUUCAGCCCCCAAGGUCGCCCCCCUUGUUGACCUGAGCGACACUCCAAUCUCAGCCCCCGCUGCCAACAAUUUGUCUUCUAGUGUCCUGGCUAACCAGGGGGCAGUGCUCAGCCCGAGUGCCCCUGCCAGCGUGGGGGAGGCCUCCAAGGCCCCUCCAGUGAGCAAGCCGGCCCCUGUGCCAGGCCCCGCCACGGCCGGGGCAGCCAGUCCCCUAGCAGCAGUGGCCGCCCCUGCCACGGAAGGCCCCCAGGCCAAGCAGGAGGCUCCCAGCACCAAAGGCCCGGAUCCCGAGCCCACCCAGCCCGGCGCUGCGAAGAGCCCGACCGAGGCAGCCACGGGCCCCACUAGCCCGAAGAGCGAGGCUGCCUCCGUCAGCGCCACAAACCCUGCCCAGGGCGAGGACUUUAAAAUGGACGAAGGGAACUUCAAGACCCCAGAUAUUGACCUUGCAAAGGAUGUUUUUGCAGCCCUGAGCUCUCCUGCUCCCGCCGCUGGGGCCAGUGGACAAGCCCCCGAGCUUGCUCCUUCCACUGCCGACAGCUCUGUUCCGCCUGCACCAGCAAAGCCCGAGAAGGGCCCAGUAGAAGCAAAGUCGGAGUGCCAGGAGACAGAAACGAAGCCAGCGCCCGCCGAAGUCAAGACGGUCCCCAACGACGCCACACAAACAAAGGAGAACGAGAGCAAAGCAUGAUGGGUGACAAGAAAUGAGCAGAUCAAAGUAAAAAGUGACACCACAGCUUCACCAGAGCAUUCCCAAUAUCUCACACAUGCACACAUGCACACACUCGCACACACACACAUCUCAUUCCUCUAGUGUCUUUUGCCUUUAAAAAAAAAAAAACUAAACAGAUAAACAUGGGAUCUCCUUUUUGUAGGUUUAUAGAAAGGGUUCCUUUGCUGCGCGCACUCACUUGUAAGAAAAUGAGACAAAAAGGUUAAACCCACAGCCAAACUAGGACACUCUGUUCCCUGAAACCAUUUAAGAAUCAAACAAAAGGACCCCAAAUUAAGAAUCUAGGAAGCUCAGAAAAAAAAAAAAAUCUAGGUUCAGGAAGAUCGCACUUGGCGUUGCCCAAUUGGCACAGACCAGUUUCAGAGAAAUACUUCCAGGCACUAAGACUAACGAAUGAACAAAGUCCAAGUUUAUUUUUAUACUUUGAGUCGAGUUUGAACUCUGUAAAGCCCCAUAAAUAAGUUAUAAUUUCUGUUCACUUUGUAUUUGUUCAGUAUGCAAAGUGUGUCCCCCUUGCUAGCUGAAUUCAAUUCCCACGUAGACUCCCGUUUUGUAGGAAGAAUGCCAAAUCGCAACUUCUGGGGGGGAGGUCUCGGUUUGCAAUAUUUUGAUUUCUUUUUCUCUCCUUUUCUUUCUCAUUCUUUUUUUUUUCUUCCUGCCAACUUUGUUUUCCAAUGUUUACAAGUUGACGAUGUUUGACUUUGGUUGUGUUUAAAUGUCCGUGUAAAACCGCUGCCUUUUUUUUUUUUUCCUUUAAGUUACAAACACUGCCUGGAGGUGGGCAGGGUCAUCACAGGCUUGCUUUCGCACGGGACAACUUUACAAAAUAUGAUUGUUUACAGUGGCUCUUCCCCCCCCACACACCCCCUCCACUUUCUGAUUUGAAAUUUUUGCCUGUGUGCAACUCAGGUGAAAACCCAUCUCGUUCUGGAGUGGUUUUGGUUUUUUUUGGGGGGGGGGCGGGGGGGUUUGGUUCUCAGUUCUUUUUGUAUUUCCUUGGGAGUUAGAGACCACUUUCUGAUUAGCCACCACCUGCUUGUAUCUGUGGAAAAGGGUCUGCCCCCCACCCCCCCCAGGCGUCCACGUCCUUCCUUUUGAAGGACUCCUUAGGCUUUGUUGAAUGAAGCAGAGAAGAUUGUAUAGUUGGGGCUGGUCUUGGUGAACACACAUUUUUACCCCAAACAUCCCCUUUUUGUAGAAAGCCAAAUAAAAUAUAUACAUACAAUUUCCUUUUGAGCCCAGAAUCUAGAUUUGAGCGGAAGAGCAUUUGUGCUUCAGGGAAUUAGUGUCUUUUUUUGGAAAUCUGUUGAAGUAAAGUAACAUCGGCCUUCUGUUCACUUAGGCAGCAUUUAUAGAAACAAAAGAGAGAGAAAAAAAAAAAAACAACCUGCUGUCUGGAGUCAUAAACACAACUUUCCUGGAUUGGAAACCAAGUGGGGGGAAAAAAAUACAGAAACUUAAAGGGGGAUGGGAGGGGGGAGAAGGGAAAAGCCAGCCCUUUGUAUAGAAAUUUUGCUUUCUUUUAUCAUUCUACUUUAGAAACUGCAAGCUUGUGCACUGUGGAUGCGUGAAUAUUUUAGUGUGAAACGUGUUUUUGUCAUAGUAUUGAAAUAAAAUUUCAACAUAGUUUGGUUGUGGAAGGUAUAGCAGAUAGUUCAGAAAAAAAAUAUUCAGGAAACAAAAAUAACUCUUAAAAGGAAUUAAAGCCUUUAAACAAAGAAAAUGAAAUAAAAGCGAAGAUGAUGAUGCUGAUAAUGCUAAGGAAACAGCAAUUCAGCCCUCCGGCAUGCGUUCCUGUCCCAAGGUACAAAACAGCGAGAGGUUAGGGUGGCAAGACUGCCCCUGAGUCCGUUCCAUGGGCCACACUCCCCCAUGUUCUGACAUUUCUGCAGUCUGAUCAGUGAUGAUCCGCUAAGAUUAUAAUUUCGAACUGUGAAAAAUAAUGGUCUUGUCAUUUGCUAAAUGUGGGGUUAUUUUGCAUUUUCUCAGCUCCUGGGGAUGGAAAUGGAGGAGCCAGUGUACCCAGCUCUGGCCCCCUUGAUUGUCGGGCCUUUGCACAAAUCUCUGGUUCAAAUGCACAGGCCCUCAGGCACGAGUAAUGAACGCACAGACAGUUCUUAGAGUACACAGCAGAAUAGGAGCUCCUGGGUGUCUGAGACGGGAGGACCCAGCAGGGCGUGGGGGGCCCUUCCCACUGCUGGGCUGUCCAUGGACUCAGCUGUUCAUCUUCUGAUGGCAGUGGCACUGACUACCCAAAACAAGCCCACACUAUCCCUCUUUGAGACUGUGCAUCUCCUGCCGAGUGGUUGUGGCCAGAUGCAACGACCUGGGCUCUGAUGGUUUGGAAGAGGAAAAGGUAUAGCCGACCCUCAAGUAACACGGCCCAGGGCAGGUGAUACCCCCCACCAUCACCCACCCAGAACUGGCUCCGCCAUCAACUGGCACCAAGACUCUGCCCACCUUUUGGUCUGCCUCUCUCAUUAUACAUAGAUUUGUCUCUGCACGCAUGAGCUUUCCUUUCUUUAAAAAAAAAAAAAUUUAAAAAUACUAAAAAAAAAAGCAAAACAGGACAAAAACAAAACAAAAAAAAACAGAGCAAAGCUUUCUCUAAAAUCAAAGAGAGAGUCACUUUAUUUUCAAGAUGUUCUAUCUUUUAUGUUAAGAGAUAAAAGCUUAUAGUUUUCCUUUUUUAAUUUUUUGAAGGCGGGAUCAACUCUACCAGUUUGCAGUGUGUAUGUGUCUAUAUGUGUAUGUGCCAUACAUAUGUAUUCACGUAACCAGCGGCAUGGCCACGUUCUGCGGGAGGGGGCGCACCCUGUGCCACAUGCAGGUCUCUGAGUCCUGAGGGACCGUAGUGUACGUAGUGCAGCUUCUGAAGUGGGACCAUUUUCACACUUUUCUAUGGAGCCCUUCCGUCCCGGGCUGUCACUCGAGGCUGUCUGUCUGGAUGGUGGUUUUCAGACCUCCAUGAACAUCCCUACCCAGCAUUCCGUACUUCGGGGGCCUUCUCUCUUGUUAUAAACUUUUUACCGAGUGAAACAUCGAUACCACCUUUGUUUCCAUUCUCACUGGUGUAAAUACUGAGUACUAACUGAGAAUUUUGACUUUGCAUUCUGUCAGAAUACUUGUGUUCAAUAAAAAUUGAAAGAAAAGAAAAAUGA